AUGAAUAAUAAGCAGAAAAAACAAGGCAAAGAUAUGAAAAACAAAUUCAACCGUCUGAGAGAUCAGCCUAUGUCUUCCAUUAAGAAAAACACUCUAUAUCCACCACUGAGCCUCCCACAAUCUCCUCCAACAAUUAAAGAGGUUAUGAAAUUAGUUGAAAAGUUAAUUUCAAAACCAAAAGUGGCAAGGUUUCCGAAUUCUUUUAUAAUUUAUCGAAGUACCUAUGUUAAAUAUUUAAAGGAUAAUGGUUAUAAAAUUCCAAUGACUGAGCUUUCGCCAAUGAUCUCACGUUCGUGGAAGGCGGAACCCUCUUUCGUAAAGGAAAUCUAUGUUAAAAUCUCAAACGAAGCUGAACAGCUUUAUUAUCAAACUAUUAAAACGAAUCAUCCGCAAAACAAAUCAUCCCUAGAAGAACCUCCAUCGAUUACUCCUCAAUAUCCUAUGGACGAAUUAAAUUUUCCAAAUAAUUCUCUUUUGUAUCCUCCUUUUACACCAAUCUCAACCUGGCCUUAUUAUCCUUUAGAAAAUCAAUUUUAUCAAAUUGAUUGUAUUAAUGAUGUCUUAUCAAAUCAGUUAACUUUUCCCCCUACCGAAACUCAGUUGUUCUUUUCCUUAGAUGUCAAUGAGCUUUCUAGUGUCAAUUUUGACAUUUUUAACAAUAAUUAUUCGGCAUCAAGUAUAGAAAAUGGUGCAAUCAACAAUUAUUUUAAUUUUUGA